UGUUUUAUAUUUUCUUCACUGACUUAAGGUCAGGAGCUAAAUGACCUUAAUAUUGCCACCUGUCAGUGUCCAUCAAUGCCAGCUGUCAGUGCUCAUCCAUGCACCCUGCCAGUGUACAUCAGUGCCACAUCAAUGCCACAUAUCAGUACCUACCAGUGCACAUCAAUGCCACAUAUCAGUGCCCAUCUGAACUGCCUUUCAGUGUCACCCAUCAGUGCCAGUCAGUGCCACCUAUCAAUGCCAGUCAGUGCCACCUAUCAGUGCUGCCUAUCAGUGCCACCUAUCAGUGCCCAUCAGUGCAUUCUAUCAGUGCCCAUCAGUGCAGCCUCAUUAGCGUACAUCAGUGAAGGAGAAAAAUCACUUAUUUACUAAAUUUUAUAA